AUGCCGGCGACACCAUCCUCUGAGAUGGCACCUAGUGUGUCACUCUCUUACGCCGGCGUCGACCCUCUACUUGAACGUAUGCACAAUGCCAAAAUCACCAGCGACGAACUCAAGUCUUUCUACACUCAACGAGCCGCUAUCGAAGAGGAAUACUCUCGUAAGAUCCUGAACCUCGCUCGGAAACCACUGGGCUCCUCCGAGGCUGGUACCUUGCGUAUGUCUAUGGAUGUCGUCCGUGGAGAACUGGAGGCCAUGGGCAAGUCCCAUCAACACAUCGCACAACAGAUGAAGGGUGAACUCGAAGAGCCACUGUCAACCUUCUCUGGUGGAAUCAAGGAGCGCCGCAAGAUCAUUCAGAACGGUAUCGAGAAAUUGCUUAAGACCAAGACACAACAAACACACACCGUGAACAAGGCCCGCGACCGCUACGAGCAAGACUGUCUAAAGAUCAAGGGUUACCUUGCACAAGGCCACAUGGUCAUGGCCACCAGCAGCGAGUACGAACAAGCUGUAAAGGUGCUCGAAGAGACGACCGCCCGCUGGAACCGUGAGUGGAAGGCCGCCUGCGACAAGUUCCAAGACCUCGAGGAGGAGCGCCUUGACUUCACAAAGAGUAGUCUGUGGAGCUUUGCCAACAUUUCGUCUACUGUCUGCGUCAGUGAUGAUGCCUCCUGCGAGAAGAUCCGCCUGUCCCUGGAGGACUGCGAUUACAUCAACUUCUGCCGUGGCGAUAUCAACGACAAUUCGUCUGAUGUCUCGGAUGACGCCAACUACUCGGUCGCUCAAUUCCAGAGGACCAUGAACCCUGCUUUCCGUUCGUCCUCACCGCAACCUUCAACCUAUUCUUCCCACCAUGACCCCAGUUCUACUCUGGCUCAAGAGAUGGCACUCGGCUCGUCGGUCAAUUCCGAAAGGUCCCAGAGAUCUCAAAAGUCUCAGCAAUCUGCAGUUGUUGCCCAGCCACCACGCCGCUCCAGCCAACAAGCUGCACCAGUCAAUGCUUAUCAAGACUUCCCCAAGGUGCCUCACAAUGAGUAUCCCAUGGAUGGUAUGACUCAAUUCUGUAGGCUUGGUCCCCCAUCAGACCGCAGUUCCAUUCCUAGUCCUACGCGCCCUGAGGACGACUCGCAUAGUGAGAUCUCGAAUGCAAACUCCUUCUCAAGCGUCGAGCCUCCUACUUCGCCCAUGAAGCUCAACGGAUCCACGAACCACAGCCCAUUCGGACGUCGCAAGAGCAAGCACGAAAAUGCUGCUCCUGCCUCAAUCUCGAAUCCUCCCACUCAGCGAAACACUUGGGGACCAGCUGCCAGGCCUCAGACCGCAUCUUCUCCAGCUCGUCCUUUCGGACGUGAAGCCAAGAAUGUCGGUUUUGGCAAUGACCCUUUGCCUAGUCCUGACCCGGAACCUGUCGAUCCUCGUGCCAACUUCCAGCUCAACAUUGGUAACAAUGUCUUUGAUGUCGCAACGCCUGAUGCUCGUAAGAGGUCAGUCGCUGCAGAAGAGCCUAGUGGAGAGCUUGAUCCAAUCGCUCAAGCUCUGGCCGAGUUGAAGGGCGUCACAAAGCAAGCCUCGACGCGUGUUUCGGCAGACCGUUAUGCUGGUAUUCCUACUCCUGCCCCUGGCGCUGGCAGAGCAUCUCCAUCACCUCUACUUGCAAACUCGGAUGCCCGCGCCGCUCAGCGAGGCACUCCACCACCAUCGUAUGACCAACCCAUGAGGCGACUCGGUGCACCGCAGCCGGCAUUCACUAGCAAGCAGAUGCAGCAGACAACAGCAAGUUACAUGACUCAGAAGAGGGAUAUGUUCAAUGCUCCUCCACGAAACACACCCUCACAGAUGGGCUCUCGUCCAGCUAGUAGGGGUGGAGAUCCGAACGAUAUGAUGCGCUCAGCCUCUCCAGCACCCCUGCGCACAAGUUCACCGGCACCUCCACGCGCCACAAGUCCCCGUCCCAGUACAGGCUACGACCGUAGGUCACAACCAAUCCCUCAAGGACAGGGCUACCGUUCAACCUCGCCGAACCCAUAUGGAGGAGCUCCUCCUGGUGGCAUGCCAGCAGGAAGACCACGGGCACAGUCGACUAGCCCGAUAAAGCAACAGCAACGCCCUGGAUACAAUCCAGCUUACGCAUCUCAUGGUAACUCUCCAGUAGCUGGUAUGCCACGAUCUGCCAGUCCCAACCCUCAAAUCCGCGGCUCGGCUGGACCGGGCAGCAGACCUCCGAGUAGCCGUGGUGACCCUGCAGCUAUGGCAAUGCAGUUGGCUCCAGCAGGUGAUCAAGGAUACCCGCCGCCCUCACGUGGAGGGUCAGGUGCGCCUUUGAGACCGACCAGCACAUAUUAUGGGGCAGAGGGUGGAUGGGCGGCAGCAUCAUCGCCUCGCGGAGGUGCUCCUCAGCAGCAGCAACAACAAUCACAGCAGCAGCAAUUGAGCACCCGCGUACGCAGCCAAAGCUCUGCUGGGCAGCGACAAUUCACAAAAGACGGAAGACCCAUCCUUCAGUUCUCUCGAGCAAUGUAUAUGUACCAGGCAGCCAUUCCUGAAGAACUGACGUUUGCAAAGGGAGAUAUCCUGGCAGUACUGAGAUUGCAAGAUGACGGAUGGUGGGAAGCGGAGGUGGCCGGCAAGGAUGGCAGAAGAGGACUUGUUCCUAGCAACUACCUGGUUGCUGCUUGA